AUGAUAAUCAAAGAAGCCAAGAAAAAGUAUGACAAAGAGACAGAGAAGUACUGCGCGGUGCUGGAGAAACAUCUUAGCCUUUCAGCCAAGAAGAAAGAGUCCCAUCUACAUGAAGCGGACAACCAGGUCGACAACGUACGGCAGCAUUUCUACGAGGUUUCGCUGGAGUAUGUCUUCAAGGUGCAGGAAGUCCAGGAGAGGAAGAUGUUUGACUUUGUGGAGCCUCUGCUGGCGUUCCUCCAAGGCCUGUUCACUUACUAUCACCAUGGCUAUGCGCUGGCAAAGGACUUCAAUCACUUCAAGACUGAUCUAACCAUCAGCAUACAGAAUACGAGGAACCGCUUCGAGAGCACGCGGUCGGAGGUCGAGAUUCUGAUGAGGAAGAUGAAGGAGAAUCCACAUGAUCACAAGAGCGUCAGCCAGCACACCAUGGAGGGAUACCUGUUUGUGCAGGAGAAGCGCUCAUUUGUCUCGACCUGGGUGAAGUACUACUGCAGAUAUCACCGUGAGCCCAAGAGGGUGACCAUGGUUCUGUUUGACCCCAAAUCAGGAGGCAAAACGGGAGACGAGGAGAGUUUCACGCUCAAGUCCUGCACCAGGAGGAAGACGGAGUCGAUCGAAAAGAGGUUCUGUUUCGAUGUCGAGGCUGUGGACAGGCCGGGAGUGAUCACCAUGCAGGCUCUGUCGGAGGAAGACCGCAGGUUGUGGAUGGAAGCCAUGGACGGGAGAGAACCGGUGUACAAUCUAAACAGAGACAACCAGACUGAAGGCAUGGCUCAGCUGGAUGUCACCGGGUUUAACGUAAUGAAAAAAUUCAUCUACGCCGUGGAGACUCGAGGUAUCAACGAGCAGGGAUUGUACAGAAUCGUUGGUGUCAACUCCAGAGUACAGAAACUACUGAGCUUGACUAUGGAUCCGAAGACAUAUGCUGAUGUGGAGCUGGAAAACCCAGAGUGGGAGAUCAAGACCAUCACAAGUUCUAUCAAACAUUAUCUCAGGAUGCUGCCUGCACCUCUCAUGACUUACCAGUACCAGAGGAGCUUCAUCAAAGCUGCCAAACUGGACAACCCGGAGGCCAGAGUGACAGAAAUCCAUGCUCUGGUUCACCGACUACCUGAGAAAAACAGGCAAAUGCUGGAGCUGCUGAUGCAACAUCUCUCCAAUGUGGCCAGUCACCACCAGCAGAACCUGAUGACCGUCGCCAAUCUGGGCGUGGUCUUUGGCCCGACUCUACUGCGCCCCCAGGAGGAGACGGUGGCGGCCAUCAUGGACAUCAAGUUCCAGAAUAUUGUCGUGGAGAUCCUGAUCGAGCACCACGAAAGGAUAUUCAGCGACGUGCCAAGUUCUCCGGCAGGUUCGGCCAACAUGCAGCUGAACCUGUCGAGAAGAAAAAGCACCGAGAGCAAAGCCCCGUCCUGCAGUGAGAGGCCUCUCACGCUCUUCCACACACCGACACAUUCCCAGAAAGGUGAAAAGAGAAACAGCGUCGUCGGUUCCGCGGUCAGCAAUCCGCAGCAGCAGUCGGUUUCGUCGUCUUCUGCCAAUUGUAACAGCAGCAGCAGCAGCAGCAGCAGCAGCAGUCAAGGCCGGACACCGAGACACAGCCUGACCAGCAACGACGGAGAACAGGACACCAGGCAGACUCGCCCCAGUUCACUGCUCAACCCAAAGGGUCGUAGCAGCAUACCAACCAGUGCGGCGUCUCCGAGCCCCAUCUCACCGCGGUCGCCGUCCUGGCCGAUGUUCUCAGCGCCGUCGAGUCCGCAGCCGACGUCCUCUGCCUCCAGUGAUUCCUCACCCGUCAGUAUCCCAGGCAGGAAGGCCCGAGCGCUGUACGCCUGCAAGGCAGAGCACGACUCUGAGCUGUCGUUCAUCGCCGGGACUAUCUUUGAGAAUGUUCAUGCUUCCAGGGAGCCGGGUUGGCUCGAAGGGACCCUGGACGGUCGAACAGGCCUGAUACCGGAGAACUAUGUGGAGUUUCUGCAGUCCACUUAGUUUUUCCUGGUCGACACUAGACCAGCGAGACGACCAAACAGACCAAAAAAGGACUCUAUUAUAUUUGGCUGCACAAGACUGGACCAGAUUACGUUAGAUCACUUCGGGAACCAUUUAUCGAUGAGGCCACUCCUGGAAACUGGACCAAGCGGAACCAUGUUGAAUGGAUAUGAUGCAGAAAUUAAGCGGAAAUGCCCCAAGGAGGGACCAAUGAAGUGCACUGAAAAAAAAAAAAAUCUCUGUGUGGUUUGGCUGUUAUUGAUUAGUGUGGAUGAUUUGCUGAAGCCCAAUGAUGAUGUGUGUGUUUGUGUGUCUGGGCUUGAUCUUUCUGAGCUGUGAGGACGUUUUCAGCCCGUGCUUGAUUAUUUCUUUGCACUGCACUGCUUCCCCCGCUCCCCUUUUUUUAAAUCAACGACAAAUGGAAAGGUGUGUUCAUCUCCUGUGUGUGUGACUGAUUAUCCAACACUGGGAGUGGAGUUUUUUUUAAUUAAAAGUAUAAAUUAAUUGGGAUUGGGGAAAGGUCUCCAAAUGUGUUGUGUGUGCUAUAUUAUUGCUCAGUUCAAGACGAGAUCGGACGAGUUUCAGAGCCCCCACUUCAGCAGCAGGAAACCCCAGAGCAGAUCAAGCACAGGAUCAAGGAAACAAACAACCCCAAAGUUCAGGUUUGGGUUAUCCCCAUCUUCUUACUCUCUCAGGUCUCCUCCCCCCUGCAGAGCCCUCACCAGAAUAAGAAAUGUGAAAAAUGUCAAACAAGCUCCUUGAGUUUAUCAGCAGUGAAAACAGGCCUCGCCCUGCUCCUCCGACUCAGAGGUGGAUAUAAUAUUCACAUCUGGGACAUCAUUUGCACUAUUUUCCAAACAGGACGUCGUAUUUUACGUUGUCUUUCUCUUUUUUUUUUUUGAUAUACAUGUGAUUGAGCAUGUAUAUGUUACUGUAUCUAUACACGGUAUAUUUGAAAUGUGACACAUUUGGCGACUUGUGGUGCGUUUAUUUAACGCAGAAUCCCGAAAAAGACGACGUAAGAGGAGAGGACGUCGACAUUUUAGACGUUCAUUUGUCGGAAAAUGAAACGCAGAUGUGCGAUUUUGUGAUAUUAAUAUUAAUUUGGUAAAGCUGGUCUGCUCUGGGGCUUCACUCAAUUCACCUUUUUAAUGAAUUCACAGUCAUUUGCAUCGACUGCGUCUUUUAAAAACAUUUUCUUAUAGGACAGAAUAUUAAAAAAUAAUAUUACACAGUAGCGUUUAACAGGAAAAUCACAUGGGAGUAAAAAAAAAAAUGUGAAAUGAGACUACUUUGUUUAUACCUGAACUUAUUUAUGAAAAUAUCUUAAACUGAAUUGUACUCUUUUUUUUUCCUUUUUGUGACAUUGUAAAUAAAUACACAUUUGAUAAGGUAUAAUUUUUAUAUUUUGUAUGUUUAGCAUACUAACUUAAUUCCCUCUUUGUUGCCGAAAGGUUUGUAUCAUUUAAAUCUAUCUACAGCCUUAAAUUUUCCUUUUUUUUUGUGAAUUGAUACGCAUGUGCAGAAAUAAAGAGAAAUCUUCAACACCUGUGGUGUCGAAUGUUUUUAAGAUGUCA